AUGGCAUUCCAGCCUACACCGGCGGAUAUCUCCGUCCUUAUUACCAAUGCUGGCUUUUCACGAAAGGCUGACGCUGAGCCUCGUUUUGUCACCGAGCGCCGCAUUACCCCCACUUGGACUGUGAUGCAGCUCAAGGGGAAGCUGGAGACCAUGACCGGUGUCCCACCGGGGUGUCAGCGCCUGCUUGUCAAGGUACCUGGUCGGCCUGAUCAAUGGGCAGAUGAGGAGGACCGGGCUAUCGGUGAUUGGGGAUUGGUCAAAGGAACAGAGAUUGUGGUCCAUGAUUCUCGUCCACAGGCGAUGAGACCCAACUUCACCGACCUUUCGUCCGUGGAAAAAUUCGAAAUGCCUACGGAGACAUACGAGUCUCUUUCAAACUCUGUUCUGGCGUGGAAGAAGAACCAAAAGCUCGGCCGCUUUGAUCCAAAUGCGCUUUCACCGGAGGAAUCUCUUCGCCACCAAGUAUCAAAGGACAAGGCCGAGAUAGCUUCUCGAGAGAUCUCCAUGGAUAAACGAGUGAUUAUCCUGCCAUCUUCCCCGCCCCAUAUCAGACGAGGAACAAUUCGAUUUAUUGGGCCUGUUCCUUCUAUUCCGGUUUCUGGACCUGGCCGCGAACUCGAAAAGACAGGCGAGCUUCCUGUGGAGCUGCAGCCUAUCUGGGUAGGUGUUGAGCUGGAUGAGCCGACGGGGAAGAACGAUGGUAGCGUUAAUGGGCAGCGUUAUUUCCAAUGUCUUGAAAAAUGCGGUGCAUUUGUGAAGCCGGAUAAGCUGGAGGUGGGAGACUUUCCACCCCUAGGAUUGGAUGAUGACUUGGAUGAUCUGAUGGAGGAGAUUUAA